AUGUCCAGUCGUUAUCUGGAGUCGAGGAUCCUUGCAAGCACUCAUGUGGUUCGACUUAACUGCAUGUCUUAUGGAGAAAACGGGAGGAUGGCAAUUUCGCAUCAAACGCCCAAAGUCCCCGUUCUUGCGAGGCUUGCGGAAGCCUACUGGGACUGCUGCGGUGAAUCGGGGAUUCAGGUUCAUAUGGUCGGGCUUUCAUUUACGGUUAAGAUUUCAAUGAACUUCGCCGUCGAGACCUCGCAGGGCGCUGCAUGGAGCUGCAGAAGUCUGGCUGAAGGCAGGGCCAUGCUUCGCCUUCCCGUGCAGAACUUCGUCCUAAAUUGGACGUUCGAAGCUCCCCUUGGGCGAGCGGUGGAUACCUACUAUCUGGUUCUCAAAUUCUCAAGUUCCAACGCUUCCGUUGUCCUGGAAAUUACAUUAUGUUUCCACGAAACCAAGGGCUGA